AUCAGUAGAAGAAGUAGACGGAUUAACAACUGGGAAUGAGGCCAUGAGACGAGAUAAAAUGAAAAAUAAGCUGGGAUUGACUCCAAAGAAGUGAAGGAAAAGACACUUGUUUGCUGAUCGAUACUUAAGGAUCAACAGAUGCCAAGAAUCGUUAAGAAGAAACGGAAAAAGGAAAGUUAACAGUGAAAAAGUACAGGCAUCAGGAGUGUGUUGGCAGGGAGGAACAAGUGCUUGUUUCUGGAAACAGGUGGAGCCAUUACAAAGAGACACCAGCAUCAAGCAUCACAACUACCAUGUACAGUGGAUAUGGAGGGAGCCCAUCACGAACUCUGUCCACCAUGUCUCUGUCUGUUCGCCCAGUCAGACGCGUCACAUCCAGGUCCAUCACUAGGAGCCAGAGCUUUACUGGAGUUAACACCCAGGACAGGCCUUAUAGGAGUCUCUCAGUGUUCAGCACUCCUGGUAUCAGUAGAAAGUCCAGCCGAGCAAGUGGGCUUUUCAGUAUGUCUACCAAACCCAACCCACCACCGAAAGUUCCCCAACCAGAACGCCUGGAUGAGGUCUACAAUGCCCUGAGGAAAGGCCUCCAGUCUUACCUGCAACUUUACCAAACGGAUUUGGAGGACAUCAGCAGGCAGAUAAAAGUGUCUAAAAGAAACUCCCGACUGGGUUUCCUUUAUGACUUAGAUAAGCAAGUUAAGGUGAUUGAGCGGUAUAUCACAAAGCUAGAGUUUCAUCUCAGCAAGAUUGAGGAGUUUUAUGAAGCCUACUGCCUGCAGAGGAAACUGAGAGAUGGAGCCCACAAGAUGGUGAAGGCAUACUCAGCCAACCCAGGAAGCAAGGAAGCUAAGGAGAGUAUGGGGGAGGCUACUAAAGGAUACAAGGAAUGCACAGAGAAUAUGUGUGUGAUGGAAAAUGAGUUUGAGAACCAGCUUGGAGAAUUCCACAUCCGGAUGAAAGGUCUUGCAGGAUUUGCCAGAUUGUGUGCAGGGGAUCAGUAUGAGAUCUUUAUGAAGUAUGGCCGACAGCGUUGGAAACUGCGGGGAAGGAUAGAAAUCAAUGCCAAACAAGUGUGGGACAGUGAGGAGACGGUGCUUCUUCCUCUCAUUAAUGAGUUCCUCUGUGUGAAGGUGACAGAACUGAAGGGCUUAGCCAAUCACGUGGUUGUGGGGAGUGUUUCCUGUGAAAUGAAAGACCUGUUUGCUCCACUAACCCAGAUGGUCGCUGUGGAUAUAAAUGAUCUUGGCACUCUUAAACUUAGUCUUGAAGUCACUUGGAAUCCAUUUGAUAAAGAUGACCAGGCCAGUCUUGUCAACAAAACACCAAGUAUUGGGUCAAACAUCACCAGACCACCAGGGACACCACCCAUACGCAGUCAACCCUUCUCUUCUCUGCCACGUUGUCUAACAUGGCAGCAGCACUGGCCUCUAAUGGACAUCUUCAGAGGAACACUAAACCAGGGUUGGCCCUGUCGGGACAAUGCACCAGAAACACUCAGUGCCAUCUCUGACCACAGCCAAGAAGAGGAAGAGAAAGAACCGCCUUGGUCUAACUCAUCGGACUCUUCUGAUGACUCCUCCAACCGUCAGUCGUCUGUGCCAGGGGAACUCAGCUGGAGACCUCACAUGGAUGGAUUAAGAACCUCAGGGACCAAACCAGCAUCAUCUUCUUUACCAAAGCCCAUGGUUCACUCUUGUCCUCCUCCAACCUCGAUUCCCAAUGGCUGUCCUGCUUUAGAGGCUUCCAACAUCCAACUCCCAAAUUUAGCCAACAGCUCCAGGAACACUGAAGAGGAAACAUUAAUGAUAAACCUUGAUGAAGAGCUGGAUUCAGUGGGAACCAUUAUCCCUAUCUCAGUAUCUGGACAGCCUUAUAUGCAAUCUCUGAGUCACAUUAGUGAAAACAGCGUUGAUGGAUUUGUGGAAUCAUCAAUUGGUGAUGCAGCAGAUGGAACCUCUCUGGUUUCUGGGAUCUCUAUAAGUGACAUAGAGCUGCCCAGUAGAACAUCUGAGCCAGGAAUCCCUACUCUCAUGCGCACUGAGAUAUCACCAAGCCUUUGUGUUGUGAAGGAAAGCCCAGUAGCCAGUCCCAUUACUGACCCACUCAUUUAUCAACACGGAGAAUCCUUCUUUUCUCAGACUGAGAGAGACAAGCAAAAUACUUUGUUUGAACCAAACAUAUUAUAUCAUGACUUAGAGUACAAUCACACAUCCCCAGCCAGCAGAAAUGGGACCUACAGAGCCAAAAAGGUGCUAGUGGAAGACGACAAGCCAUGUGUGGGAGCAAGUUGGUUGCCCGGAAGGAGUGACAAUGUUGUGGACAGUGAGCUGGAGGAUGCUCUGGAAAUUCUACUUUCUGCUCUGGAUGAUUAUAGAGGACAGUUCCCUGAGUUGCAAACCCUUGAACAAAACAUUAGGCUUCUGCAGGUAACUCUGAAGGGGGGCAGUCACAGCUGCUCAGCCAGCUUGGCCAGCCUCUCAGUGGAAUCAGCUUUGGGCAGCUUUGACUUUCUGUCUGACUGUGAGGAAGAGGAGGAGACGAUGAGCAACAGGGGGAUGAGAAGUGGCAGGCAACAACAGCAUGGGGGCUGGGACAGCCCUCCCUUCCUCCAUUCACCCCUCACCACCAGCUGUAUCACACUGGACUCCUCCCUGGUGCUUCACCUGAAGAACUGCACCACGCAGCUGUUGCGUCUCGGCAUGUUUGGUCCCCUGCGCUGUGGAGAGAUGUACGCCUUAGACAAACUGCUGAGAGAGACUCGUGUCUUUGAAAUUAUCCGCCGCAUCGUCAGGGACAACCCCAACCUCCCCAGGCAGCCUGCUGAGGUGAUACCAGAGCUGAGCCAGUGCUUUGGUGCUCUGUCUCUCUGGGAGCAGUGUGCAGAGCAUGGCACUGUAUACUGUGUCUCAGUUGAGAACUUUCUCUCUACACUGUCCACAUCAUACUCCAGCAUGCUUCAUGAGAGGGCAGAUGCAGUGUUCUUGUGUCUGGUUGAGCAAAUUUUGGAUCAGAGGUUACCAAGACGAGGCAACGCAGAUGGCCAAAUUGUGACAGUGUUUCAGCUGUUGAGUUACUUGGAGUCUAAUGGCAUCAGUGACAUGGAGAUGCACAUCUCUGAGCUGGCAGGAGAGGUGUUGCUGGUGCAGAACCUCAGGUCCGCUGACCUGGAUGUGAUAAUGAACACUUUGCGGCAGCCUCCUGAGCACAGCCUGAGGAGAGAAGGACUUCAUGCUGUUGCCAAAUUAUUGAAAGAUCCUCGGGGCAAAGUUUUAUCAUCUGCUAGCUCUGUCCUGAAAGGCCUGGCUGCUCAGUCUAAGCAGAGAGAGCAGGCUUUGGUGCACUGUCUGGAGCUGCUGGAAGAUGAAGAUAUAGACACCAGAGUGUGUGGAUGCAAAGCUUUGGCAUGUCUCAAGGCCAAAGAAAGCAUUGAACAGUUGGUGUACAUUUGUCAGACAGACAAGGAAGAUGUCCGAGACGCUGCCAAACAAGCACUUCUGGCUUUGGGUGAGGAAGGAAAGAUGGCCUACAGACACGUGGAGAUAUCUCAGGAAAGCUUGCCAAGACUCUUUGCUCCAGGAAGCAUGGCCAGCACAGCCUUCUGACAGCACAGACAGACACAAACCACAGCCACUAGAUGUCAUGGUGUUCAUAGUGUUUGGGCUUGAUGGAACCAGAACAUCUGCUGUGUGGAAGAUCAGCUAUAACACAAAUUGUUAUUGUAAACAAUUGACACUGUUAGGAACACUUUAAUACAAACAUUGAAUUAAAUUUGAGCUAAAUUAACUAAAAAAUUAAGUUAAACCAUAAUUAUAAUAUAAAGAAUUUUUACAGUAUGUAAUCCAAAGGGACAAGCGCAUCAUAACAGACAGUUCCAUCACUGACCACCACCAGGACAAGGACUCACUCUGCUCUUGCAGUUGUGCAUUCUUCCCAUGCCCUGCCUCAACUGCAACUUGGAUUCAAUAUUUGCAAAAAGGCUGUUGUUGUCUGCAGCACAAAGGGCCAGCAGGGCUUUACUCCGCCUUAGAUGGCGUUAUACCCAAGUCAUAGCAAUUCCCAAGGGAAAUUAAAUACAGAUUAACCAUUGGGUAUCAAACCAGCCAUUGUGAAAAACAUUUUAUACUGUUUCCUGUUGGGUUGCCUUAAUUUUUGUAAUAACUUCUCUCAGGAAAAGAUGAUUAAUGCUACUGGUGAAAAGUUAUAAUACAUUUUUAGAAAGUUAUAUAAAGUUGAGGUCUUUCUACAUGUACAUGUAGCUAUAAACAUGGAGCGUGUGUAAAAUAAGAAUGCUUGGUUGUUGCAUCCCAAAGACACAAUAUGCAUUAUAAAUCCUCAGUUACAGAGUCACAGUUGGUGUCUCUGUGGGGGAAUGAGAGUUUACCGACAGCUGUCAGCUAUGAGGCUGUGAAGGUCGGCCAGAGGUGAUCAUAAGAUUUACAAACAGCAGCCAUACCUGGCUAAAUGAGGGAUUGGACUCAGGAAUGGACUGGUCCACAGUGGAGUGUUGGGAUGCACUGGCUGGCUCACAUUAAUACCCAUGACUGUAUUUGAUUCUAAAACUAGAUAUCUAAACAAAACUAAUUUAAUCAUGCCUUUUAUUUCACACAUAGAACACCCCUAAUAUGCAGAAGUGGAUAGUAUUUGAAGACAGAAUGUUUAAAAUGAAGUUAAGUAAAGCAAGCCUAGAUUUUAACCACACCUCUCAUAGCAUGCCAAGCCUCACUCGUGCAGCUUCAUUGACCCUUUUCAUCUCACUCAUCCAGCUCAACCUUUUUUACAACCCUGUCUGAUACCACUGAUUUUUCUGUUUAUCAUCCCUUUUGAUCACGCUAACCUUCUCCAUUCUUCAUCAUAACCUCUUCCUCACACUCCUCCUCCUCACCCCUCUUUAUGACCUCUUCUUCACAGUCAUCCCUCUUUGGGACCCAUUUUAUCUCACUCUACUUUCUCACCCUUAUAUUGCUCCUUUCUUAACAUUCAUCUUCCUCGUCUGUCGUUAUGACAAGUUUUUACACUCAUCCCUCAACUUUGUGACUCCUUUUAAUUUGGACACCCCUCCCCCUCCCCCUCCCCCCAUCCCCCUCAUUCAGCUCUAUUCAACUUAAGUUCAGUAGUUUACCAAUGAUCACUUUAUUUUUUUAAACCUUUUUUUUAUUAAAAGGUAUCAUUUCAAAGAUCCUAAUAUGGCCACUAGAUUAGCCUACUGAACCAGAACCCCCACUCUGAGUCUUUUUUCCCUAGCUUCCAAUCAUGAGCAAACCUUCUGGUCUUGUUUACCCUCAUUUCUUCAUUAGCUUUGAUUAAGCCAGUAAACUUUUAAAAAUGCUUUUUAAGGUAAGGGAGCUGACAUUAUCCAGCUUCCUGUUUGAACAGCAAAGAAACUGAAUGCAUAACGUGUUUCCUUCUCUUGUAAAAGGAGAGGCAUGUGUGUAUGAUCCUCCUCUUCAGAAUGUUAAACAGGAACUCAUUCUGCCUGGUGAGUCUUUAAAUGUUGCUAUAUUUAAAACAGACUGAAGAAUAACAGUAGUUGCUGCUAUAGCAGAGCAGAUGAUGCUUUAAACAAGUGCCUUCAUGUUUUCAUUUAUGCUUUUUACUGAAAAUACAAUAGAAAUUUAUGUUGGUGAAGUUUAUUGCUCUGUAAAUGUGUUUCUGAAUGGGGUUGAGCUUUACUGAACCACCUGUGGAUCUCCUGUUUAUGGUUCUACUUUUAUUUUGGGUCUCUAAAUAUUUACUGUUUCAGACUACUGAUACCCUGCAAACAGUGACUAUUCAACAGGGCGGAGCUUCGAAGAAAUGUCUUUCUGUUAUUUAACUGUUUUAGGAAUAAUUAUCCUAGGAGCAGCCUACCAAAACAGACCAAAGCUGUAUUACUGGUCCACGCCAGUGUUUUAUAUUUUAUAAUAUUUCUUACAGUCUGUGUGAAAAUCAUAGGACAACAGAAUAUAACCUGCAGGUUUAAUCCUUUAUAAAGCUAAGGAUUUUUUUUCUAAUGUGGGGGUUAUUAGAUUAAGCAAAUAAAAAAGGACUUUAUUUCAUUAAUGACAUUUAGUCAGGAAUAUGAGGGAGUUCCUGCAAGGUGUUUUUUUGUAAAUGUUUUGUCAUUCUCAGUAAUUGAUAAGGGAUCAUUUCUUCUUCCUUUUAUUUUGGUAGCUGGGAUUUCUUUCCAUUCUGCUUGUUUUCUUUUAAAGCAGUCGUUGGCUUUUAAUUGAAAUAUUAAAACUUAUUGCGUCUACGGUUAUACCACAAAACAGAAACACAGGAUUGUUGAACAGAAACAUUUAUUUCUGGGAAGAUGGUAUUUAUACUGUAUUGUAUACUGUAUCUGUACCACACUGUAAGACUGGCUGUAUUUGAUAGGUGGAUAGGACCACAAAAGCACUGACUCUUGAUGAACUGUAAACUUUGUACCAACAGACUCGGUGAAAAUGCCAAAAGCUCCAAUCAUCUCAGUUGCUUAUCCUAAGUGCAAUUUGUUUUGUUAAUCUCUUCGUAGCAUUACUCUGUCUUUUCUGCUGCUAUAUCACUGCACUGUAAAGUACAUUAUUAAUAUUUUUGAUAAAUUAUAUAAGAAAA